AUGCCGGCCGGAUCGGAGAAGGAGUCGGAGUUAUCGGAGCGGAUCGAAGCUUUCAUCACCGGCCUGAAGAGGGGGGGAGGGCGCCCGAGCUCGGAGGAAGACCGCCCGAGAGACUGUGGGCCUUCUUCGCCGUAUUAUCGCUCAGGCCAGAUGGGGCAACGCGGGAGAAUGAUGGACAUUAUCCGGAGGGAGGGAAGAAGGAUGACGGCUGCACAGCCUUCGGAGACCACCGUAGGGAACAUGGUGCGCCGGGUGCUGAAACUCAUCCGUGAGGAAUACGGCAGGUUGCGUGGCUGCAGUGAGGAGAAUGAUCAGCAGGACUCUCUCCACAAGCUGGUGAUGGUGGAGGGACAGAGUGAGGACUUCAACACUUUCUUCCCACUGCUGAAGGCCAAUGUGAUUGAAGCUGUAAAUGAGCUGCUCGUUGAACUGGAGGGUACCACUGACAACAUCGAAACUCAGGCCAAGGAACACAUCCAUUCCAACGAGGUGAUCAUGACGAUUGGUAGUUCACAAACUGUGCUGCGUUUUCUGAAGGAAGCUGCUCGUAAGAGGAUAUUCCAUGUUAUAGUGGCUGAGUGCGCCCCCUUCUGUCAGGGUCACGAAAUGGCAGUCAGUUUGGCCAAAGCGGGAAUAGAGACUACAGUCAUCACAGAUGCUGCCAUCUUUGCAGUCAUGUCCCGUGUGAAUAAGGUUAUUAUAGGCACCAAGACCAUCCUGGCUAACGGCUCCCUACGCGCAGUGUCCGGGACGCAUGCAUUGGCCCUGGCCGCAAAGCAUCACUCCACUCCGCUCAUAGUGUGCGCGCCCAUGUUCAAACUGUCACCACAGUUCCCCAAUGAAGAAGACUCCUUCCACAAGUUUGUGUCUCCACAGGAAGUGCUUCCAUUCUCGCAAGGUGAGAUCCUGUCCAAAGUCAGUGCUCAUUGUCCCAUCUUUGACCAUGUCCCUGCGGAGCUGAUCACAUUGUUCAUAACCAAUAUCGGAGGGAACGCUCCAUCGUAUAUUUACCGUCUGAUGAGUGAACUCUACCACCCUGCAGACAACGACCUGUGA